GGAGACUUGGAGAAAAAACAAAUAAGUGAGAGAACAUUUGUAAUUUCAGAACCUAUUUUAAUAAAUAAAUGCAGCUAUGAAUUUUCUGAUAUGGAAAAAUAUCUUUCAACUAUUGAGGAAUAUUUAACACCUUAUAAAUGGAAUUAAUACACAGUUGUUGUAUUACCAAAGGCCUUUCCUUUUGGAGGAAUGGAGAAUCCAAAUUUGACAUUUUUGUCACCUUCCUUGAUUGUGGGGGAUAAGAGUGAAGCUUCAGUUGUAAUACACGAGAUGAUACAUUCAUGGUCUGGGAAUAAUAUGACAUGUUAGAAUUGGGAAUGUUUUUGGUUGAAUGAGGGAAUCACUACUUUUAUCGAGAAUAAAAUGGUAGGCAAGAUUUUUGGAAAAGAUCAAUAGACAUUACAUGGCUUAUUAGGAGUAUUUUCAAAUAUAUAUUUAGGAUAAUGAUUUAUAGAAAAGCAUAAGUAACUUUGGAGCUACUCACACUUACACUUCUUUAUCUCCAAAAAUCAACUAACAAAAUCCGGAUGAUUGUUUCUCUGUGAUUCCAUAUGAAAAAGGAUGUUAAUAUUUGAGAUUACUUGAAUCUUAGAUUGGAGAAGUGAAAUUCUAAGAGUUUAUAAGAUUAAUUGUUUCUUAGAAUACUCUGAAUUCAGAUUAAUUCAGAACUCUUUUAAAGAGGUUUCUUCUCGAAAAUAAUAUUUAAGGAGUAGAUCUUUAAUGGUAGUAAUGGAUUGUUGAUCCUGGUUUGCCAAAAAAUUCAUUAAAAAUAGAUUAAUAAUUUACUAAGAAAUACUAAAAUUUAGCUGACGAUCUCUUUUAGAAUAAGUUGCGAUUGUAGGAUUUCUAAGCAUUACAUUCAAAUGAAAAAUGUUAUGUCUUGGAUUUAUUGGGUAACAAUCAAAUUGACUAAAACACAUUAAAGAAUUUAGAAGAGGAGUAUCAACUAUUUGACUCUAAUAAUCCUGAGAUUUUACAUAGAAUGCUAAUUUAUGGAAUAGAGUGUGGUUAUCCUAGUGCUUUGGGGUAAGAAGAAAUUAAUAUUAAUUUAGAGAUAAAUUGAGUCAAUUUUUAAGUAUGAAUGGUAGAAUGAAGUUCAUAAAUCCUGUAUAUAGAGUUUUGUCAGAAAAGCAACCAGAUUUAGGAUAGAGAAUAUUCAACUUAUGCAAAAAUAGUUAUCAUAGCAUAGCAGUGGGCUAAAUAUAAAAGAUGUUUUAGAAAUGAAAAGAUAAUUACAUUAUAGUAUAUACAAUCA